AUGAUAUCAUUAAACCCCACACCUACAAAUGUUCUCCGUUUCCACCGAUUUCAGGUGUCUCUGCCCACCCCGAAAGCUCAUCGCCUAAUCCAAACUCGCGCGGCUGCCCAUGGGAUGGGAGGAAGUGCUGGGUCGGGCUUUCUGUCGGCAAUUGGGCGAGCCAUAGAGGAAGAAGAGUACCGAAAGGCCCGGGCCGAGGUCCACCGGAAAGGGUUCGAUUUGGAUGGGUACUCAAUUGAAGGGCUGUCGAUCGGCGGCCAUGAAACUUGCGUUAUUGUACCCGAGUUGAAGUCCGCCUUUGAUAUUGGGAGGUGCCCUUCGAGGGCUAUCCAGCAGAAUUUCUUGUUCAUCACACAUGCUCACCUUGAUCAUAUUGGAGGACUGCCGAUGUACAUAGCUUCUCGUGGUCUUUACAGCUUAAAACCUCCUACUGUCUUUGUGCCUCCAUGCAUAAAGGAGGAUGUUGAGCGACUAAUUGAUAUUCAUAAAUCCUUGGGUCAGGUCGAGCUGAACUUUGAUUUAAUAGCGCUUGAUAUAGGGGAAACAUAUGAAAUGAGGAAUGAUCUUGUUGUACGGCCAUUCAAAACACACCAUGUUAUAACCAGUCAGGGUUAUGUCAUUUACUCUGUCAGAAAGAAACUGAGAAAGCAAUACAUGCAUUUAAAAGGAAAACAAAUCGAGAAACUUAAAAAGUCUGGAGUUGAGAUAACUGAUACCAUAUUAUGUCCUGAGGUGGCCUUCACCGGAGACACAACGUCAGAUUUUUUCCUUGAUCCACACAGUGCGGAUGCCUUGCGCGCCAAAAUUCUCAUAACUGAGGCAACAUUUUUAGAUGAAAAUGUCAGUGUCGAGCACGCACGAGAACACGGGCAUACCCAUCUAUCCGAGAUCUUGGAGCACGCACAAUGGAUUCGGAACAAUACUGUAAUGUUGACUCAUUUCUCAUCUCGUUACCGUCUCGAGGACAUUCGGCAAGCUGUAGCAAAAUUACAGUCUAAGGUGUCUGCUAAGGUGGUUGGACUAACUGAGGGAUUCAAGUCAAUCAAGCACGCGCAGACCCUAAGGGAUUCCACCCUCUCCCUCGAUUUCCCUACUGCCAUCAUCACAAUCACAACCAUCACCAUAAUCGAGCAUCACCUUCAUCACUCACCCUGCUCGCGAGACCAAAACCUGCAACUUCCGGCCACCCCGCUCACAACAAGCAGUGGACGUCGCCUCUGUGAACCGGCAUCACUACCACGGGCCUGCUACUCCGGCGAGCCUCCCUCCCAUCGCGGGAAUUCCGGCAGUAACGAGCAGGCCCUUGUCGCGUCACCACCCGCAACACUUCAAACCGCUGCUUCUGGUCUCCAACCGUUCGCGAUCGCUGGAAGUCGCACGUCACCAAGAAACGGCAGACACACGCCACUUCCGCUGGCAGGUCAAGCACAAGCCACGACCAUCCCGACGUGCUCUGUUCACCAUCGCGAGACCCCAGCAGAAAGAAGAGUGGACGUCGCCUCUGUGAACCGGCAUCACCACCACGGGCCUGCUACUCCGGCGAGCCUCCCUCCCAUCGCGAGAAUUCCGGCAGUAACGAGCAGGCCCUUGUCGCGUCACCACCCGCAACACUUCAAACCGCUGCUUCUGGUCUCCAACCGUCAAGUCCCGUUCGCGAUCGCUGGAAGUCGCACGUCACCAAGAAACGGCAGACACAAGCCACUUCCGCUGGCAGGUCAAGCACAAGCCGCGACCAUCCCGGCGUGCUCUGUUCACCAUCGCGAGACCCCAGCAGAAAGAAGAGGACGAGACGGGACCUCGAAAGCUUGUGAUGAGGAUGUCGAGCUGAUCGUGGUGGCUCGUGAAGGAGCAACAAUGGCUGAGACUCGCCGGGAAGCGCCGGGCCUGGCGUGA